AGCAAAAGCAUUCGCCUCUCUAUUAAAUAUGACAGCCAUAAAAUCGGAGCUUUACGCUAAACGGAGCGCACGAAACUGUGUUUGGUGUUUGCAAACGCAGUAACGACGAGGUUCAACGUCUGCUGGUGUGUGCUGGGGUCGCGGCGCGCGUGCACUGAAUCAAAUGCUGGCGGGCGCAAUAAACAUUGUGACGGGCGCAGAGAGUCCUUAAAUCACUCGCCACCGGAUUUUCAAAAGCGAUCAACAAUCGGUGCCAGGGCAGUGGAACGGGGGAGUGAGACUGAAACGCAAAAACCCAGUAAUGACCGCAAGCUGACAACACCUUGUGGGCGUUCUGGCUUCUGAAAUAUGGCCAUUAGUCAGGCUGUCUCCCCUCGGCCUCUGAAACUCCUUUGUUAUUUUGGGACUGGCCACAAUUUCAUUUUUCCACGCCUGCCAUUCUUCAAUAAUGAGACAAGCACUAUUUGCGUCUCACAUUAUGCAAUGCCCAGCAAGAUUGGAAAAUUUUAAUCAGAUAAUCUAUGUGGAAACUUAACUAAUUUGCAUGUUGGCUUUAAAAUCUCGUUUCUUUGUGCGGCGCCGGUCUAAUUAAAUCGGCAUGUCCACUAGGAAAGCACGCAUUUCAUUCGACACAACAAUGAGAGUCUGUUUCUGUGGCUUGCACGACUAAGUCGUCUUAAUUAACCCUUUGUUCGCUUUCCACUAACACCAUCGCAGCAGGGAAAGUCGGCCGGCGAAUCUGCAAAUUCCAGCCGUGCAGGAGUGCACUCCAGAAGUCCAGACUACGAUCCGGUCAAUUAACGAAUGCGGUCCGAAUUUAGCACCGAUUAUCUGGACAAGCGGCAGGCGUGUGUUUGCUUUGCUAGCGAGCACAUGACGCGCGGGCUCGCCGCCGCAAAUAGAAUCCCCCUCGAGCGCCGUGUCCGCCCGCCCGUCCGACCGAGCAAGUAGCAAUCGGUUCAGUCAGUCAAGAGUGGUCGGUGCGACAUGUUCUUCCCGUGACAAGAGCAAGAUAAUACAACAGCGAAAUGCCGCUGUUCUCAGACUACACGAUCUACGGCAGCCCCUUCGCCUCCUCACCCUACAGCCCCUACAGCCCGGUGCUGUUCCGCUCGGCGCCGAGCAGCAGUCCUGGCUACGGAUCCUACGCCGGAUCAGGAUACAGCGGAGUCGGCAGGUAUGGCCCUCUGCUCAACACCAUCAUCGAGAGCGGCCUCACGCCGUCAUCGCCGCGACGAGUGCCACGCACGCCGGCGUACGUGCCACCGGUCAAGACCAGCUAUAACUACACUCCGACCUCCAGCAAUUAUGGUAGGACUUACCAACGACCCGUCCGGAUGGACACGGAGAAUAUCGACGUGUCGACGCCUCGCAAGCCGAGGAGGCCGGAGCCGCAGGAGCAAAAGGACCUGUCCAAGGACGCGGACACCAGAGGCACAAUCAAAAGAGGUAGGACCGUCGUGCGCAUCCAUACUAAAAAGCUGAAGGAUAAUCCGGACAUGAACAACCGGAAGAAAAUGACGCCAGGUGAAAGGCUGAAGGAGAAGUUCAUGAUCAGAGACUACGAGGCCGAAAGGAGGAAAAAGGAGGAGGAGGACGAGCGCCGCAGGACGGCCGAGAGAGAGGAGUCCGAGCGCCGCUACCGCCGUCUCAUGUGCAUUGAGAAACCUGCCACGCCGCAAAUAAAAACAAUCACCGAGGACAUCGCAAAAGACGAUGAAAAAACGCCGGAGAAUUCCGACAGCUCGGGCUCGGACACAGAGACAGAAGACACGGUUUCGCAGCAAAAAGCAAAAAAGAAGAAGCGGCGGAAACAGAGUUCGGUGAAAAAGAGAAACAGCGUGGCCCCUGUUGCACCACCAAGGGCAAGAAAGAGCUUCGACUUGGUGGUCGAUAUAUCCGUUGAAGAGCCUAAGAGGCCUACAAUCAAAUCGAAAGACCACAUGAAGUCGAUAAAAAGCGGAGGUGUGAGUAAGAAAAUCGGCAACAAAAAAUCCAUAAUUCUGCCCUCUCGGAAUGCAUUGGACGCUCCAAGCGUACCUCAGCGAAAUAAAAAGGCGGACGGCGUCAAAUACGACGAGCGAAAGAAAAGUGAGCCACUCGGCGAUAUGAUGAAGUCCUUCUCCGAGUUCUUCCUCAACUUUGGCAAGAAGAAUCACACCGGCGACGCACCUCGAGCAGCUGCAAACAAACUGGGCGCGAAAAAUUCCGAUUCGGCAAAAACGGUUGCCGACGAAAAUAAACCUUUAAUUGCGCCAAUUACAUCGGCUGGCACCACGCAGCAGCAGCAGCGGCGGCAGGACUCUAAAGAGGACCCAGAAGAAGCAGAUAGAAAAUCAGAGGAACGAGGCAUUUUGAAUUCGGACAUAAUAUGUAAACGUAAUAGUGUAGUUCGCAUUGAGUACCGCGCGAGUGUGCGAGUGGCGAGAAUUUUGGAGAAAAAAGACUUCGUUAAAGAGAAACUCCCCAGCAGUUUGGUGGACCCGAAUGAGACUGAAACAUCGACUGCUGAAAAGGCAGCCAUCGAUGUAAAGGCAGAGCAGAGUAAAAGUAAACCACCCCUAGUAACCCGGAAAGAAGAAGCGAUAAAAGACAAACAGGCUGAGCAGAAGCCAAAACUAACGAGUGAUCCGACGGAAAAGACGCAAGUCCCGGAAAUCGAAGGCACGCCAACUCCAGGAAAAACUGCGCCUCAACCGCAGAAGAGCGACGGAGCAUCAAUCAUUCAGCUAGAAAAACAAAAACAAUCCGAAGUAAAAGUAGACGCGACGAAAAAUGAAUUAGCGAAAAAGCAGGCCGGGCUCAAGGACGGCAGCGUAACUGGGGCGAAAGACAAUAGAGAUGUCAAGCCAGUGGCGGAAGCGGAGAGAGUUGACCCCAAACCUUUGAAGAAGGAAGAUGCGUCUGAGCUUGCGAAUGUCGGUAAGGAGGACAAGGCCGCUGCGAAAGCAGAGCAGGUAGCAGCGUCCGAGUGCCAAAAUAAAGAAACAGCGACCGAGUGCAAAAAGAUUGUGACGGAGCCAAAAGUGGAGACACCCCUUGCGAAAAAGUUCCCGUGGCUUGCUAAGAAAGACGAGCAAAAGUCCAAUUUGAAAGAAUCGGCCGAUUCCCCGAAGGCGUCCCCCUUUCUGGCAGCAGCUGCCGCCAAAUCUGAGAACAAAGCGCCCACAUCGCCUGCGGAGAAAAAGCCGGCGGCUAAAAAGGAGCCUACCCCACCCAAGUCGCAAAAUACAGCUUUGAAAAGUGAAACAUGUCUGAAAAAUGAGACUCUUGACACGACAUUGCCAGCUGGCAAAACCGAGCUGCAAAAAGAUGAAAACACGAGUUGCGUCACAGCGGUCGUUAGUAAAGAGCAGGACGCCGCUAAAAUUUUCUUGUUUGAUAAGGAGACGGUGGAAAUUAUAACGGGCAAGGAUAAAAAAUUAAGCGCUGGCGAGUCGCCAGUAUCAGAUGAGGCGGCGAGAAACACCGCCGCUUCGGAGAAUAAGACGGCAGAAUCGACGCCACUUCAAAAGGUGCCUCUCAAGCCAGCCAAGAGCUCAAACGAUGAGGAGCAGAAAAAGGCUGGCAAGCGUGACAGUCCUCCGAAAGCUGACGUUGAAUUGAAAUGCAUCGUGACGAGCUCUAAGCCGGGAGAGGCUGCAGACAAGUCUAAUGAAAAACAAGUCGACAGCCCGAAAAAGAUUGAACAGCCGAAAGCGAUUGAUGGCCCUAAAAAGAUUGCUCUGCCAAAAGUGUUUGAUUCUCCUAAAAAGUUGGACGAAAAACCACCCGAAAGUCCAAAGAGAGUAGGAAAUAUCGCAGCGGUCGCGGGAAAAUUCCAAAAUGUUAUCGCAAAGAAAGAGAGUUCACCUGCAGCGACAACUGAAAAGCCUACCAAAUUGGUAUUUAAAAAAGACAAAUCUCCUGAAAAAUCAACAGAGUCUGUAGCAAAGGCUGAGGAUGAAAUAAGCAAGGUACAGGAAAAUAAGACCGAUACAGUACCACCCACAACCUCCAAAACUGAAAAAAUACCUGAGAAAGCUAACGAAAAGGAAAAUUCACCUGUUAAACUAGCGGAAAAGAAAGUGCAGAGUCCAAAAGAAGACUUAAAAAAGCAACCUGAAAUUCCUAAAAAACUGGAUUCAAUGGAUAAGACACCCCCAAAGGUAGUGGAAAAAGAUGUAACGCCACCAAAGCAAAAAAUUGAAAAGGAAACGUCACCUGUUAAACAAGCGGAAAAGAAAGUGCAGAGUCCAAAAGAAGACUUAAUUAAGCAACCUGAAAUUCCGAAAAAACUGGAUUCAAAGGAUAAGACACCACCAACUGCAGUGGAAAAAGACGGUACGCCACCAAAGCAAAAAAUUGAAAAGGAAAAUUCACCUGUUAAACAAGCGGAAAAGAAAGUGCAGAGUCCAAAAGAAGACUUAAAAAAGCAACCUGAAAUACCGAAAAAACUAGACUCCAAGGAUAAGACACCCCCAAAGGCAGUGGAAAAAGACGGUACGCCACCGAAGCAAAAAACGCCGGUUAAACCAGAUAGAGCGGUGAAACCAACCGAGCAAAAGCAGCCCGAGAUGAAACCAAAAGAGCCUGAUACCAAAUCUGACAAACCACAAGACUUCAGCCCUAAAAGUAGCUUGAAAAUAUUGCAAUCUAUGGCAACCAAAAAGCUUGAUGAAAAACCAGAAGCAGACUCCAAUAUCCUUUUCGCCAAGGAUAGCGUGAAGCAAAAGCCUUUAGUCCUGCGAUCGCGCUCAUCCACAAUAAAAAGGCAACCAAAAGCGAAGCUGGCCCUGACGAAACCCCCUCAGGCCAACUUCCCAGCCCCUGCAAAGCCUUUGUUCAUGCAGAACGCGUUCGCCAAACUGCAGGAAGCAUUCAACAAGCAGCAGCAACCGCAGCCACCACCGCAGACGAAGCCUGUGAAGCUGAAGAAAAUGAGGGCGAGAACCGACUUGAGUGCCGAUAUGUUGGACAGCGAGGACGACGAGGAGAAGAAGGAGCAGCUGCAAAAGUCGCAGUCGACCACAGGACUCACAAGGCAAGACAGGCACACGGUGAAAAACAUGAAGUUCCGUCCAGACAGGGUGUCCACCGUGAGGCACCAAGCACUCAAGCAGUCGGUCAAGGAGGACAAGAAAGUAGAGUCGGAGGAUCAGGAAGACUCGGACUCUUCGUCCGAGGAAGAGGACUCGGACACUGAGACCGAGUCCACGCUCUCCUCGGGCUCGGACACAGAGACGGAAGAGGACCAGAACAAGGUGGACAGAAACAGCACUAGCUCGCAAGACUCGGGCUUUGGCAGCAACCCGAACAGCCCGCAGGCAUCUACGAAUUGUGCCCAAACUUUGGAUGUGCGGGACGCGAAUUCGCCAAACCCGCGGCGCCUGUCGGCCCAGCUGAGCAGCGACUCCGAGUCGGGCGAGGAGGGCCACCUGCGCAGGUACACGCCACCGGCUCGCACCAUUCCCCGCUUCCGCAAGUACGCCGUCGAAGAUUUCCACUUCCUCAAAGUCCUCGGCAAGGGCAGCUUUGGAAAGGUAUUGCUAGCCGAAUUGAAAGGAACUGAGUGCUACUACGCGGUGAAAUGUCUGAAGAAGGACGUGGUCUUGGAGGACGACGACGUGGAGUGCACACUGAUUGAGCGAAAAGUACUCGCGCUGGGCACUAAGCACCCCUACUUGUGUCAUUUAUUCUGCACCUUCCAGACGGAGUCUCAUCUGUUCUUUGUGAUGGAGUACCUGAACGGCGGUGACCUGAUGUUCCACAUUCAGCAGAGCGGCCGGUUCGAGCAGUCCAGGGCUUGUUUCUACGCCGCGGAGAUCGUCUCCGGUCUCAGAUUUUUACACAAGAAAGGAAUUGUAUAUAGAGACCUUAAACUGGACAACAUCCUGUUGGACUUUGAGGGCCACGUGCGCAUUGCUGACUUUGGCAUGUGCAAACUGCAGAUCUACCUGGACCGGACGGCGGACACGUUCUGCGGCACGCCCGACUACAUGGCCCCCGAGAUCAUCAAAGGGCUGCACUACAACCAGUGCGUCGACUGGUGGUCGUUUGGCGUGCUGUUGUUCGAGAUGUUGGUCGGCCAGUCGCCGUUCAACGGCUGCGACGAGGAUGACCUCUUCUGGUCAAUCUGCAAUGAGCAGCCCUACUACCCUAAAUACCUCUCCAAGGAGGCGCAGUCCGUCCUCUCAUUGCUUUUGGAAAAGGACUCGUCAAAGAGGUUAGGCACGCCAGAGUGCCAUGCUGGUGAGGUGUUCGAGCAGCCCUUCUUCAGAUCCAUCGACUGGGGCGCCCUUGAGAGAAAAGAAUUAGAAGCGCCGUUCAAACCGAGAGUGCAACACUCACUGGACGUGCAAUAUUUCGACUCGGCCUUCACGAAGGAGGCGCCGAAACUGACUCCCGUCGACAAGGAAAUCCUCCACUCCAUGGACCAGACGCAAUUCCAUGGAUUCAGCUACACAAACCCCAACGCGUGCAACGAGUAAACAAAAGGGAAAGCUCAAGCUGCUUGCAUUUUGAGUUUGGAUUGGGGUCAGUGCUUCGGCUGCAAAUCCGAGGAAGUAAAACGCCUGCUGCGCGUUGAUUUUGUUUAGUGAGUUGCUCAGGGCGAAAGGACUUUCCGAGAAGAAAGAUAAUAUGUGCCCAAGGGAGGACUCACGCGGAGAAAAUUUACUUGUUGCUUUUUAUCUUUUGCUGCCAGGUCAGAAAUGGAAGAACGUGGCCUGGCACUUUUGUAAAUCUUGCUACUUUUUCACUCAGCUUUUUCUACGCACAAUCAAAAUAUUAAUUUCGAUGUUGUUUAAUUAUAAAAGUGUUAAUAUUAAUUUGUUGUGAUACGCGCGCCUAACAAUAUUGUAAUAUCAUUAUAUUCUUCGGAACCUAUAAUAAAAUCAAAUUAUAUCAUUUUGUAGUCUUGAAUUUUCGCGACAAAAAUUUGAAUUUGCUGUUGUCGAUUGGGGAAAAAUCAAAAGUACUGAAAUCACACAUAGGAUGCAUAAACAAUAAUUAUAAAAUAUAGUUAAUAAAAUUUGAAUUGCUCAAUGGCAAA